AUGGCACUCUGGCUCUAUGUUCUUCCAUUCUGUCUGCUUUCCUACUUCCCUCAGUCCGUUUCAUCAGAGGCGACCUGUAAUCUGAAGGCCAAAUUCAACCUGAACGGAUACAAAGAUGUGGAGAAGAAGAAGGUGGUGAUCGGGGGGAUGUUUCCCGUCCACAUGCGAAUAUCCUCCAGUGAUGGCAACACGUCCAGGGUCCCGGUGUCUUCAGGCUGUGAGGGUUUUAAUUUCCGCACCUUUCGCUGGACCCAGACGAUGCUCUUUGCCAUCAAUGAGAUAAACCACAGAGAAGACCUGCUUCCAGACACUGACCUGGGCUACGUGAUCUACGACUCCUGCUUCACCAUCUCCAAGGCCGUGGAGGGCACCCUGACCUACCUGACCGGGCAGGACGAGGCUGUGCCUAACUACCGCUGUGGCUCUGGGCCUCCUCUGGGGGCAAUGGUGGGGGCAGGCGGCUCGGACCUCUCCAUCGCCACAGCCAGGAUUAUGGGACUCUACCAUUUUCCACAAGUAAGUUACUGCUCGACCUGUCGUGCUCUGGACAGUAAAUUCCAGUUUCCCACUUUCUUGAGGACGAUCCCCAACGACGCUCACCAGUCCACAGCCAUGGCCCAGCUCAUCCUGCACUUCGGCUGGACCUGGGUGGGCACCAUCGCCGCGGACGACGACUACGGCAAAUAUGGCAUCAAAGAUUUCAAAGAGGAAGUGGAAGAGGCCGGCGUCUGCAUCUCCUUCUCCGAGACUCUGCCUAAGGUGCAUUCCCCGGAGGACAUCCAGCGUAUCGUGGAGACGGUGAUGGAGUCCACGGCUCAGAUCAUCGUGGUGUUCUCCUCUGACGUGGACCUGCAGCCUCUGAUCGGAGAACUGCUGCGGCACAACGUCACCAACCGGACCUGGAUCGCCAGUGAGGCCUGGGUCACCUCCGCCCUCAUCAACCAGCCUGGAUACUUUGGUUGCACACUGGACUACAGCAGAGCCCUGAAACAGUCCAGGCUCAGGGCGGAUCAGGUCAACAGCACAGUGGGCCGGGCAGCAGAGCCUGUAUUAAUGUGCUCUGGGAUGGAGCAACUGACCAAAUUCAAUAACACAUACUGGGAUGUUUCACAGUUACGGAUCACCUACAAUGUCUACAAAGCAGUCUAUGCUGUGGCCCAUGCAUUACACAACCUGGAGCACUGCGAGGACGGCAAGGGGCCGUUCACUGGGAAGACCUGUGCUAACAUAUCUAACUUUGAACCAUGGCAGCUGAUGUAUUACAUGAAGAAUGUGGAGUACACGGUGCCUCACACAGGGGAGAGGAUCUACUUUGAUAACGGAGAAGUGGAGGCCUACUAUGACAUCAUUAACUGGCAGGUGAACAGUGAUGGAGAGAUCUCCUACACAACUGUGGGCCAGUUCAAUGUAUCGGCAAAUAAAACUUUGACCAUAACAAAUCACUCCAUCACAUGGAACAACCAGGAGCCUACGCCUCCGAGAUCAGUCUGCAGUGAAAACUGUGAGCCGGGCACCAGGAAAGGAAUUCGUCAGGGAGAACCAGUCUGCUGUUUCGACUGCAUCCCAUGUGGUGAUGGAGAGAUCAGCAAUCUGACGAAUGCUCGUGAAUGCAUCCUGUGCCAUGAGGACGACUGGUCCAAUGACGCCCACGAUGAGUGUGUGCCCAAGGUCAUUGAGUUCCUGGAUUUUGAGGAGCCUCUGGGCAUCACACUCAUUGUGAUCUCUGCGUUUGGAGCUCUCCUCACCAUUGCUGUUGGGGUGGUGUUCAUAGUCAAUUUUAACACUCCUCUAGUGAAGGCCAAUGACCCAGUGCUGAGCCUCAGCCUGCUCUUCUCUCUGGUCGUGACCUUCCUCUGCUCCAUCGUCUUCCUGGGAAGACCUCAGCACUGGAGCUGCAUGACCAGCCAAGUCGCCUUGGCUCUGGGCUUUUCUCUCUGCCUGUCCUCCAUCAUGGGUAAGGCAGCUGUCCUCAUGCUGCGUGCUCUGGCCCUGAAGGCCCAGAGGACCAGAGACAAAGCAGCUGCUAAAGCUGCCAAAGCUGCAGCUGAAGCAGCGGCCAACAACUGUAGUCCUGAUGUCAUAGGAACUAAUACCAACAACUACUUUGAUGUGAGUGGAGUCCCAGAGAAAGACCAACUCACGUGUGGCCACCAGAGGGGCAUGGCAGCUGUGGCCACUUUGAUUCAGGCCAUCGCGUGCACUGUGUGGCUGCUGAAAUUCCCUCCUCACCCCAUCAAAAACACAUCUGCCCAGAACAUUAAGAUCAUUCUGGAGUGUCAUGAAGGGAACGUGGUUUUCAUCUGCUGCAUCUUUGCGUACGACAUCCUCCUGGCUCUCCUGGCUUUCAUUUUUGCUUUCAUUGCCCGUAAACUGGAGGAUCACUUCAGUGAGGGCAAGUGUGUGACGUUUGGAUUGCUGGUCUUCUUUAUCGUGUGGAUUUCCUUCGUCCCAGCCUAUCUCAGCACCAGGGGAAAGUUCAUGGUGGCUGUCCAGAUUUUCGCUAUCCUCGCUUCCAGCUUCGGACUCCUUACGUGCAUCUUCCUUCCAAAAUGCUACAUAAUUCUAAUCAAACCUGAACGUAACACAGAGGAGCUGAUUCGGGCCCGCUCCAAACCCCGGGACUCCACCCUGACAGGGACGUCUGUCUCCAUGGGCACAGCGGCCACUGAAAUCAACUCAACCACUGCCUCCACUGCUAUUGAUGAUUAG